GGCGUGCGGGCGGCGGUGCGGGCUUUGUCGGCGGCGGUGGCUUCGCCGCGGGCGUGCCGGAAUACUUGGAAAAACGCUGGAUUGAGCACUUUAGGAUGGUGCAUUUUAUGGUUCUAACCUAGGAACUUGUGACAAGAAGGUGACUCUGGAGCCUGAAUUUCUGAGGAUGGAAAUUUGCCUAAGACCAUUUCAGAAACACUCACAAUGAUGGAGCCCCCUGCCUCUGAGUCUGGGGCAUUCCCUGAACCCAGAUUAGGGGGACUUUUGGGAAACCCAGAAAGGCAGAAUCUGCGGAGCUGCUCCCCUCAGGAGGGCAGUUUCAGGGGAGUGACCGUUACCCAUUGGAAAAUCCAAGCAGGAGAUGCGGCUCGAGCGAGCAGUAAAUCAGGAGAAGGCCCCGUUCUGAGCUCAAACCUCCUCCUCCUCCAGAGAGAUCUUGUGGAAGGGGAAGCUCACCAUUGUGAGACUUGUGGCAAAAGCUUCACAUUUAAUUCUGAUCUAGUUAGACAUCAGAUUUCUCAUGCUGGGGAGAAACAUUACAGAUGUGAGCAGUGUGGGAAAAGCUUCAGCCAGAGCUCCCAUCUUGCUGAGCAUCAGAGAGCUCACACUGGAGAAAGACUCUAUGUGUGCAACAUGUGUGGGAAGGACUUCAUUCACUAUGCAGACCUCGCUGAGCACCAGAGAGCACAUGCAGGAGGAAAGCCAUUCCGAUGCAUGCAGUGUGGGAGAGCCUUCCAUCACAGCUCUGACCUGGUUCGGCACCAGCGAGUUCACACUCGAGAGAGGCCUUUUGAAUGCAAGGAAUGUGGGAAAGGCUUCAGCCAGAGCUCUUUGCUUAUUCGCCAUCAGAGAAUUCACACAGGAGAAAGACCCUAUGAGUGUAAUGAGUGUGGAAAAUCCUUCAUUAGGAGCUCAAGCCUUAUUCGACAUUAUCAGAUCCACACAGAAGUGAAACAGUAUGAAUGUAAGGAGUGUGGGAAGGCCUUCCGGCAUCGCUCAGACCUCAUUGAACAUCAGAGGAUUCACACUGGAGAGAGGCCCUUUGAAUGUAACGAAUGUGGGAAAGCCUUUAUUCGGAGUUCAAAGCUUAUUCAACAUCAGAGGAUCCAUACUGGGGAAAGGCCUUAUGUGUGCAAUGAGUGUGGGAAGCGCUUCAGCCAAACAUCAAACUUUACCCAGCAUCAGAGAAUUCACACUGGAGAGAAACUCUAUGAAUGUAAUGAAUGUGGGAAAGCUUUCUUUCUGAGUUCGUACCUUAUUCGACACCAGAAAAUCCACACUGGAGAGAGAGUGUAUGAAUGUAAGGAAUGUGGGAAAGCUUUUCUCCAGAAAGCCCAUCUCACUGAACAUCAGAAAAUCCACACUGGGGAUCGGCCCUUUGAAUGUAAGGACUGUGGAAAAGCUUUCAUUCAGAGCUCCAAGCUGCUACUACAUCAGAUUAUUCAUACUGGAGAAAAGCCCUAUGUGUGUAGUUACUGUGGGAAAGGCUUUAUUCAGAGGUCAAACUUUCUUCAACACCAGAAAAUCCAUACUGAAGAGAAACUCUAUGAAUGUAGUCAGUAUGGGAAAGAUUUCACCUCGACCCCAAACUUUAAAAAUAAUCAAGGUGUUCACCAAGAGGGACUUCCCUUGAGUAAGACUCCCAUACAUUUGGGUGAGAAGUCUGCAAGUCAGGGGGAGCAUACAGAUAACAUAAAAUAAUUAUUCUCCAACUCAGUGAGAUGUGUCAGCGUUUUCCAAUAUCCUAGACAGGGCUGCUUUCGAAGUGGGCUGUCACUGCUGUACAGCAGCACUGGGCUACUGUCUUCCACAAGGAAUGUGUAAAGUCAGGAGAGCCACAUGACUGGACAGCGGACUUUGAGCUGGAACAAUGCUGGGGGUGGGUGGCUAGGUCUCAAAGAAGGUUUCUACGUGUUAUUGCACAAUUACAAUUCACCCCAGUUAAAAAUGCUUUUUAAAGCUGAACUAUGUAUCUAUUCUUAGUACUUAAGAAUGUCACAUGGUAAAUUUUGGCCUAUCAAAAAGGCAGGUUGGAGAAAGAUGUUUGUUAUUUAAAACUACAAAUUGGUUCCCCUUGUCCUUAGGAUAAUUUCCCAGCUCCCAGUCCCGCUCUCAAAGGCAUUUUGCUUCCCGGAGUUCCAUCUCCCACUGCUUAACCACCUGCCACAUGGUUGGCGCUGCAGCAACACUAACUGCUUGACAUUCCCACUUACCCAAGUUGCACCUGCCUCCUUCUCUUUGUUUGAAUGCCCUCUGCUCCACACUCCACACCUGGUUAACUCCUCAUGAUGAAUCAGGACCCAUCUCAGGCAUCAUGUCAGGCUCAGCCAGCUGCCCUUCCUCUGUGCUUGUGUUGCUAGUGAGCACUUCUGUUCCGGUGCUUACUUUGGUAUAUAAAGAUUAGGUUUUUAUCUACUAUCUCUUUCAUUAUUACACUACUAAUUUCUUAAGGACCUGGUCAUAGCUGAUUGGUUUAUGUGUCCCUGGUAUCCAGUGCAAGGCAAUAGAAAGUACACCCCAAGUCUAUGUGUAAUUGGUACCUCUUUUGCUUUGUCCAUUCUGUACUGCUAUCAUUUAAAUUUUUGGAUUUUGUUGUUUGGUAACAGUAUGAUUUACUGGUUUACUGGAAAUAUCUUCUCUUGCAGCCCUGUAGUCUUCUGCUUGUAUGUAACUUAGAAGUUGUAACGAGUAACCCAGUGGAAGACUAGCACACCUCAUAUUUAUGCCUUCACAACUCAUCCAUGACCAUCUACUUGCUUUUGGGGAGUGUUGUCUUCACCUGGUUGCUUAUGUAUCGUUCUAAGCCACUUAAGGGGCACCCAGUCCCAGUGUGCCGCUCAAGGUUUUCUGUCUCAGCAGUUCUGUGAUUGACUUCAUCUCUUCUGGUCACUUCCUCUGUUUUCUGGCUCAUUUUGUCAUUUACCUGAAAAUGUAUUGAUCUGGAAGGACCAGGGCUGAACCGUGAGAAACAGAUGGAAUCAUUGGGUCUGAUGGGGAAGACAAAGAUCACCUCACAGAGUUAAGUGCUGAAGUAGAGGUUCCACAUUGCAUAGGAACAUAGGUAAGAACAGGACUGAUCUGGUAUGGAGGAUCUGGGCCAGCUUCACAGAAGAGGUGACACUGGAACUGAGAGACAGCUGUGGCAGCUAGAGAAGAGAAUGACCUGGGAGAGGAAUCUGCAGAUACCAGGAGGUGCAACAUACACCUUUUUAGAUGUAGUUCACUGUAGAUAACGAUCUACACAAAUUUGAGUUGCUGCAUCUGAUUUUUUUUUCCUCUGAACAUGAACCAAAACAACCAGUUUUGAAAUGACAUGUACCAGUUUUUUUUUUUUUUUUUUUUGCCUGUGAGGGCAUGUUUUGCGUUUUUAAAUUGCAGCAACACUAGAAGCCUUCAGGGGGUAAGUGAUAAACAGGGGCAUACAGUACUACAUCUGGAAAACUCCUCAUUACUAGAGAUGCUUCAAAUGAUACAGAAGAGAGAUUACCAGACCAUUUUGAUCAACGUCAGUGACAUCUAGUUUCCAUACAGUAAAACACCUAUUUGAAGUGUACAGAGUUUUGAGAAACCAUUUAUCUGUGUAACCACCAUUUGGAUAAAGAAAAAUAACAUUCUUAUCACCCAAUAAUAUUCCCUUUUGCCCCUUCCCAGUUAAUCUCACCCUAGUCCCAAGUACCCUCUUUGGGUCCGUGUAGAUUAGAGUUGCUUGUAGGGCCUCACAUAAAUGGACCCAUACAGUAUGUAAUUCUGUGUGUCUUGGCUUUUGCUUUGGCAUGUUUUAAAGACUCAGCCAAGUAGUUAUGUGUUUGGAUAUCUGCUGAGUAGUGUUCUGAUGUACAGACAAACCUUUGUUAUUCAUCCACUGUGUUGAUAGAAAUUGGUUUCCAGAUUUGGCUCUUAUGAAUAAAACUGCUAUGAGAAUUUGUGUAAAAAUA